AGCAAGAGGGGAAAAGAGAGAGCGCGUGAGAGAGAGAGAGAGAGAGAGAGACAGCAGAGCAGUCCCAGGCUUCCUCAUCUCGUUCACGUCAGAGGCAGGAACCGACUGUGCUAAGGCUGUGGGCUCAACACGCAGAGACAGACAGGAGCGGACCCAGGAGAGGAAGAGCCGGGGGUCCUCCCUGACCCGACCAGUUACCACUGGUGGAGCAAGCCGCCUGACUUUUUGGUCUUAUUUGGGCUGCCUCCGCUUCCCCUUCCACUCGCAGCCCUGCCGGCUCGGAUCUCGUUCCUGUCUUGGAGCCUGCUCCCUUCCUCUCGGGGAAGGAGGAAGGGAAGAGAAGCGAGCGAGGUGGGCUCUAGGUGAGCGCAUCAGCCGGCUCAGCCGAACACGCAGGAAUCCUUCCCAGGGAGCCGCUCUGCUCCAGCCGGCACCGGCCCGGGCUCUGGCUCAUCCCACUGCACAGAGAGCGAUCUCUUCUGGAGUUAGGAUUAAAGAGUGUGCAGACAGCAGCGAGAGGCAACCCCGAGACUCCAUCACAAAAGAUUCCCACAACUCCAUGCCGUGUGCUGAAGGCUGGUCUUGAACGAGCUCUGGCUGAGAGAAUGGGGGCAGAUGGGGAAACAGUGGUCCUGAAGAAUAUGCUGAUCGGUGUCAACCUGAUCCUUCUGGGCUCCAUGCUCAAGCCCUCAGAGUGUCAGCUGGAGGUGACCACGGAAAGAGUCCAGAGGCAGGCAGUGGAGGACGAAGGAGGCAUGGGCAACUACAGCACAUCCAGCAAAGAGCAGCCCAUGGUCUUCAACCACGUGUACAACAUUAACGUACCCCUGGACAGCCUCUGCUCCUCGGGGUUAGAGGCCUCGGCCGAGCAGGAGGUGAGCGCGGAAGACGAGACUCUGGCAGAGUACACAGGGCAGACCUCGGACCACGAGAGCCAGGUCACCUUCACCCACAGGAUCAACCUCCCCAAAAAGGCCUGCCCGUGUGCCGGCUCCGCCCAGGUGCUGCAGGAGCUGCUGAGCCGGAUCGAGAUGCUGGAGAGGGAGGUGUCAGUGCUGCGGGACCAGUGUGCCACCAACUGCUGUCAAGAAAGCGCGGCCACAGGACAACUGGACUACAUCCCUCACUGCAGCGGCCACGGCAACUUUAGCCUGGAGUCCUGUGGCUGCAUCUGCAACGAAGGCUGGUUUGGCAAGAACUGCUCAGAGCCCUACUGCCCGCUGGGCUGCUCCAGUCGGGGCGUGUGCGUGGACGGCCAGUGCAUCUGUGACAGCGAAUACAGCGGGGACGACUGCUCCGAGCUCCGGUGCCCCACGGACUGCAGCUCCAGGGGGCUGUGCGUGGACGGGGAGUGCGUCUGUGAAGAGCCCUACACGGGCGAGGACUGCCGGGAGCUGAGGUGCCCCGGCGACUGCUCGGGGAAGGGGACCUGUGCCAACGGCACCUGUUUAUGCCAGGAGGGCUAUGUGGGCGAGGACUGCGGCCAGCGGCGGUGUCUGAAUGCCUGCAGCGGGCGAGGACACUGCCAGGAGGGGCUCUGCGUCUGUGAAGAGGGCUACCAGGGCCCUGACUGCUCGGCAGUUGCCCCUCCAGAGGACUUGCGAGUGGCUGGGAUCAGCGACAGGUCCCUUGAGCUGGAAUGGGACGGGCCGAUGGCAGUGACGGAAUAUGUGAUCUCUUACCAGCCGACGGCCCGGGGGGGCCUCCAGCUCCAGCAGCGGGUGCCUGGAGAUUGGAGUGGUGUCACCAUCACGGAGCUGGAGCCAGGUCUCACCUACAACAUCAGCGUCUACGCUGUCAUUAGCAACAUCCCCAGCCUUCCCAUCACUGCCAAGGUGGCCACCCAUCUCUCCACUCCUCAAGGGCUGCAAUUCAAGACUAUUACGGAAACGACCGUGGAGGUGCAGUGGGAGCCCUUCUCGUUCUCCUUCGAUGGGUGGGAGAUCAGCUUCAUCCCAAAGAACAAUGAAGGAGGAGUGAUUGCUCAGCUUCCAAGUGACGUCACCUCCUUUAACCAGACUGGGCUAAAGCCUGGGGAGGAAUACAUUGUCAAUGUGGUGGCCCUGAAAGAACAAGCCCGGAGCCCCCCAACCUCGGCCAGCGUCUCCACUGUCAUUGAUGGGCCCACGCAGAUCCUGGUUCGAGAUGUCUCUGACACAGUGGCCUUUGUGGAGUGGACCCCACCUCGAGCUAAAGUUGAUUUCAUUCUCUUGAAAUACGGCUUGGUGGGCGGGGAAGGCGGGAAGACCACCUUCCGGCUGCAGCCUCCCCUCAGCCAGUAUUCGGUGCAAGCGCUGCGGCCCGGCGCCCGCUACACGGUGUCGGUCAGUGCGGUCCGAGGGGCCAACGAGAGCGCAUCCACCACCACCGAGUUCACAACAGAGAUUGAUGCCCCCAAGAAUUUACGAGUCGGCUCCCGCACAGCAACCAGCCUUGACCUUGAGUGGGAUAACAGCGAGGCAGAAGUUCAGGAAUACAAGGUCGUCUACAGCACCUUGGCUGGGGAGCAAUACCAUGAGGUGCUGGUCCCCAAAAGCAUUGGUCCAACCACCAGAGCCACCCUCACAGAUCUGAUACCUGGCACCGAGUAUGGAGUCGGAAUAUCUGCCGUCAUGAACUCCCAACAAAGCGUGCCGGCCACCAUGAAUGCCAGGACAGAACUGGACAGUCCCCGGGACCUCAUGGUGACAGCCUCCUCCGAGACCUCCAUCUCCCUCAUCUGGACCAAGGCCAGUGGCCCCAUUGACCACUACCGAAUUACCUUUACCCCCUCCUCUGGGAUUGCCUCAGAAGUCACCGUGCCCAAGGACAGAACCUCGUAUACACUGACAGAUCUGGAGCCUGGGGCAGAGUACAUCAUCUCCAUCACCGCGGAGAGGGGUCGGCAGCAGAGCCUGGAGUCCACUGUGGACGCCUUCACAGGCUUCCGCCCCAUCUCCCACUUGCACUUUUCUCAUGUGACCUCCUCCAGUGUCAACAUCACCUGGAGUGACCCGUCCCCCCCAGCAGACAGACUCAUUUUGAACUACAGCCCCCGGGAUGAAGAGGAGGAGAUGAUGGAGGUCUCCUUGGAUGCCACCAAGAGACACGCCGUCCUGAAGGGUCUGCAGCCAGCCACCGAGUAUAUCGUGAACCUGGUGGCUGUUCAUGGCACAGUGACCUCAGAGCCCAUCGUGGGCUCCAUCACCACAGGAAUUGACCCUCCCAAAGACAUCACGAUUAGCAACGUGACCAAGGACUCAGUGAUGGUGUCCUGGAGCCCUCCUGUUGCAUCUUUUGAUUACUACCGAGUGUCAUAUCGACCCACCCAAGUAGGACGGCUGGACAGCUCAGUGGUGCCCAACACAGUGACAGAAUUCACCAUCUCCAGGCUGCACCCAGCCACUGAAUAUGAAAUCAGCCUCAACAGCGUGCGGGGCAGGGAGGAGAGCGAGCGCAUCUGCACUCUGGUGCACACAGCCAUGGAUAACCCUGUGGAUCUGAUCGCUACCAACAUCACCCCCACGGAAGCCCUGCUGCAGUGGAAGGCUCCAGCCGGUGACGUGGAGAACUAUGUCAUUGUCCUCACACACUUCUCAGUUGCUGGAGAGACCAUCUUGGUGGAUGGAGUCAGUGAGGAAUUCCAGCUCAUCGACCUGCUUCCGAGCACCCACUACACCGUCACCAUGUAUGCCACCAGUGGACCUCUCACCAGCAGCACCAUCAGCACCAACUUUUCUACCCUGCUGGACCCUCCCGCAAACCUGACUGCCGGCGAAGUCACCCGACAGAGCGCACUCAUCUCCUGGCAGCCCCCCAGGGCGGAGAUCGAGAAUUAUGUCCUCACGUACAGAUCCACGGAUGGAAGCCGCAAGGAGCUGAUCGUGGACGCAGAGGACACCUGGAUCCGGCUGGAGGGGCUGUCGGAGAACACCGACUACACAGUGCUCCUGCAGGCGGCCCAGGAUGCCACCAGGAGCAGCAUCACCUCCACUGCCUUUACCACAGGGGGCCGAGUAUUCUCUCACCCUCAAGACUGUGCCCAACAUCUGAUGAACGGAGACGCUCUGAGCGGAGUGUACACCAUCUUUCUCAACGGGGAGCUGAGCCAGAAGUUGCCGGUGUACUGCGACAUGACCACAGACGGCGGUGGCUGGAUCGUAUUCCAGAGGCGGCAAAACGGCCAAACUGAUUUUUUCCGGAAGUGGGCGGACUACCGCGUGGGUUUCGGGAGCCUGGAGGACGAGUUUUGGCUAGGGCUGGACAACAUACACAGGAUCACGUCCCAGGGCCGCUACGAGCUGCGUGUGGAUAUGCGAGACGGACAGGAGGCGGCCUUUGCGUACUACGACAAGUUCUCCGUGGAGGACGGCAGGAGCCUGUACAAACUCCGCAUCGGAAGCUACAAUGGCACUGCAGGGGACUCCCUCAGCUAUCACCAGGGCCGCCCCUUCUCCACAGAGGACCGCGACAAUGACGUGGCAGUCACCAACUGCGCCAUGUCCUACAAGGGAGCCUGGUGGUAUAAGAACUGCCACCGGACCAACCUCAACGGGAAGUACGGGGAGUCCAGGCACAGUCAGGGGAUCAACUGGUACCACUGGAAAGGCCACGAGUUCUCCAUCCCCUUCGUGGAAAUGAAGAUGCGGCCCUACAACCACCGUCUCACCGCGGGGAGGAAGCGGCGGGCCCUGCGGUUCUAAACAGGGGACGGUUGAUCUUCCUGUCAUUUGUUUGUAUUUUGUAAUAUGCCACAAGGGGGGAGGGUCAUAAUGAUGUGCUUUGCGACAUAUUCAGAGUACUUGGAGGAAGCGGGGUGAGCAGGAAUCAGUGACUGCCACCGCUCCUAGUUUCUGCUGCCUUGGAGCCUGACCCCAGCUCCGUCUGCACUGGCCCUCCUCACCAGUCGUCCCCGACCUUCCCCUCCUCUCCCAACAAGGAGGAAACGUGGGAAGUUUGCUUGAAAGACACUCUGAAGGCCCCUCGUGGAGUGCAGGUGGCUGCAGGGACGCGGGCCUUCUUGUUCGACCCUGCUCCUGAGAUGCCUCUACCUUCCAGGUAGCCUUGGUCUGGCCAUGGCCUUCCACCGGCCCAGAGAAGCAGCCUCCGCCAGGGAGCUUGGCCAACAAUCCCCUUCCGAGGGCAGAAACCCGCCACACCCUGACCCGAGGGCCGGAGUCCUUCAGAAUGGGCGCAAGGCCGUCCUCUCUGCCACUCUUACUUUUUAAGCGCUGCGGCCUCUUCCCAGCUGCUUAGCCCUUUCCCUACCUGCCGUCCCCCGAGACCCCAAGGUCCCACCCACCCCACCGCUCAUCUGGAAUCAGUUCCCAAGGCGUUGCCCACUCCUGGCCCUGGGUGGUGUGGUGGCUGUGUCCCCAGGAGUCUCAAGCCACUGUCCCCAGCUCAGGGCAGCCAAUCUACAGAUGCCUGGUGGCAGGAAGGAGAGGUGGCUUUGUUUCCUGCAGUCUGGGUCUGGCAUCUGGAGACGACAGGUUCAGCGGGAAACACGGCCUAUGCCCAGCUCACUUUCUCCAUUUCCAGUCUGAGUUAUCACGGACAUGUUUGAAAACUUGCCAACAGAAGGCCUGACUUCUGUCUUCUGCCAAGCUCUCCUUGGUACAGGUGACUUAAUAAGAGUCAGGAAAAGACGUUAUAAGACCCGUCAGCCGUUCAUCCCCUGGCGGGAGUCCCGGGAGGCGACAGAAUGUUUGUUUAGGAGGUUUUAUUUUACUUAACUUCAUUUUAUGUUCUUCCUGUGGGAAACAGAAAUGACCCCUGAGUGAGUUGAGAUCAUGGGAAGUCUUUCUCCAUCUUCCUUGUUGUAAAUGAAGGGUCCGGAGGAGAUAGCAUUUAGAAAUCUCAAGGGGGGAAGGGCGGAACGGGCCUGUUUCUGGGAUGAGAGGGGCUGCCUCCACCAGUUUUCACCCCAGAGAACUGGAGGCGCUGGAAGCCGUGGCCUCUCAACUUCCCCUCGACAUCCAAUGCCAGCUGCCACCUUCCCUCCCAAGUCUGUGUCCCAUCCAGGGCUGCCUUCCGCCUUUCCUCUCCCCUUCCUUAGGUCCCCCUUCUGUCCUGGGCAGGGCCACUUUGUCAAACACGGGCGUUGUGUACCUUGGCCAGCGCCUCCAUGUCCACACUCUGACCAUGCUUUGGUGAUCCUGAAGGGACAGUCCCUUCUGGCGUCAGGAGGAUGAAGUCAGCCUGACAUUUACUGUCGCCUCUCCCUUUUGUGGGCUCCAACAAGGCUUUGUCCCCUACUGGGCUGUGGACAGGGUUGACAUACCUGGGGCCAAAAAAUGUAGGUGGUGUUUUCAUUUCUCAGUUCAAAACGAAGAGAAGGAACAAGAUAAAUGUGUCGAUUUAAUAAGAUUCAGCCUGAGCAGGACGACCACAGAGAGAGGGAGGCAUACUGGAUACAGAGCUCAGGAGCUAAGGGACAGGUCUUCCUUUGCCGUGUCGCCAGCCGCACGACUUUGGGCAGGAUGUUUCACGUCUCUGGGCCUCAGUUUCCUUGACUGUUGAAUGAGAGACUAGAAAAAAAUUCAACUUCUCUUUCAAUUUGCACAGUCAAUAGUGCAAAUCCAUGAGAUUGAUGAGAGCAGUGAGGUCAUAGAAAUCUGCCAGAGCCCUGUGGGGGAGGGCAGGGCAGAAAGAAGGAAGACAGGGACAGAGGGAGGGAGGGAGGAAGGGGGAUGGAUUCAGAAGUCAGAAGUCACGUGCAUACACACACACACACACGCACACACACACACACACACACACGCACACACACACGCUGCAGAGAAGACGGUGCCAAGGAAAAGGCUGGACUGUGUCUGCGAGCCGAGCCGGGAACUGGGUGUGCCGGUGCAGCCCACCUCAUCAAGGGAGCUGGACCGGAACCAGAGUGUGUGCCGUUAGUCCAGGGGACGCCAAGAGACGUCUGUGGAAACCAAGACCUGCCUUUCGCCGGAACCAUUUUGCACUGUGGAACGUUUUUAUAAAUAGCCCUGGCAACAUUACCUAGAUUCAUUUUAAAGAAUGUUAAAGCAAGAAAGGGACUUCAAAGAUCAGCUCAGCCAACCCUCUAUAAAAGGGUUGAUAAAUUCCUUUUGUUCAGGAGAGUGAUCUCCUCAGGAGUUUUAACCAUUUUUUAGGGGACUGUGCUCCGCUGUCGUCCUGAGACCUGUGGUCAGCUUGACUCAGACCUUCUUCACUCCACUCACUUCCCUUCUUUCUAAGCUUCUUACGAAGAAGCGGCUUCGGAGCUGCUUAAGAUUCAUUCCUCAGCAUCCUGUUCCUCUAAGCACCUGUGAUUCUCCCAGAGAGGGACACAGGAAGCCCCGCAGCAGCCUGCAGCUUCCACAGGAUUCAGAAGGAAUGGCAUUAGACCCUGCCGGGAAAGCAGUCUAACCCGAGACACAACGCGACUCCUUUGCCACCCCACAAAAACCAAGAGCAGCUCCCGUGGCUGCAGAGGACCCCCACCCAGAGCUGGAGCAUAAAGAUAUGGUUUCCACGUGUUGAACUGACAUUGUCCAGGGUUGCUGCUGGAACGUGAAGAGGUUAUCUUCACCUUCAUCAGGGAGAUGAACCUGUGGAAGGGAGGGGCCUCGCUGAGAGUGUCCACAAGGUGGUGCUUGGGACACCUAGCCACCUCCUGUAACCCCAGAGGAGCUCUCUGCAGACUGAGGACCCCAGGGUCCCCCUGGUUUCCAGAACUCAGAGCCACCAGGCACCCAGGGCUGAUUUGUAGUGAAGGUUGAUUUGUAAAAGCACAACCACCAAAUGGGAGCCGAGGAAUGGAGAACACGCUUCUACAGACAAUCCCACCCUGCCCCUCACCGACUCCAGCCCUCAAGUGACGGGACACUGCUUCCUUCCACCAGCCAGCUCUCUGCAGGCUGGAAACCGCUGUUUCCGAGACAGACACGAAGACUCGAGGUUGCCGAUGAGCUCAGUUCUCACCCCAACAACCUAAACACGUUUUUAUUCUUCAAAUCUAGUUCCAGAACAGAGUUACAGAUGACGGGACAGAAGGUCAUUAUAGGAUCUUUUCAAAAGCUGUUUUUAAACCAUCCGUUGAGAAAGCAUUUAGGAGCUCCUCUUGGUCCUUUUCUCAAGAAAAAGAAAACUGGAACCUGUGGGAACACCGGAUGCACCAAGCUGAGGGGCUUGAAAGACUGGCGGGUGGCCUGGACAUGGGGCAUGGACAGUUCUUUCUUUCUUUCUUUCUUUUCCUUCCUUCCACCCAGAAUUUCAGGAAAGCUGGAGCCAUAUGAUUUUCUACUUACUUUCUUGUCACCAGACUCCUGUUCAAUCAAACUCCUUUGUUCCAUUUCUUUCCCUUCAAAGCAGGGGAAGGGGCUCACCUUCCGUCUCUAUUUGCAUCUCACCAUCGACUCUUAAAACUUUGAAAAAGACACGGAAAGACUCAAACUAGUUCGAUUUCACUAACCACAGGAGGUGGAGAGUUUGUUUUUGCUUGCUUUACAGUGAUCAAGAUUACAAGAGGGGUCUUGGGGACUUUGGAGGCCGGGGAUGGAUCUAUGAAGCUGGAGCUGCAUCUUCACCUAAGAUCCCAGAGUGGUCCACUUCCUUCCAGGCUAGGGGACCGGCAGGAACUAGCCUUUGGGGCUGGAGUGGCAUGUCGCCUCUCUCUGGCUGCAUUGCAGGUCCUUUGAGAGCAUUUCUGAAGAUCUUUGGCUGAUUGCUUCCCCAAACCUUUGCUUCUCCCAUAACUCAGCUUCUCAUAUCUGUAAUAAGGUUUCCCUCAGAUAAUACUUGGGACUUUGGAUACAACUGGGCCAAAUGAGAACUCGCAGUCCAAAUAAAAACUUCCAAAUCACAUGGGGAAAACAAGUCUAGGAUCCUUUAAGAGUGAAUGUUGGUGUGGAUUCAGGUUGAAUUGGAAAAACCCAGCUCAUUCGAACCGUAUCUAACACUGGAUUUAUUUAAGCCAGUUCUGUACUUUUUUUUUUGAGCUCUGAGGAACAGCUAGGAAGAAGGAAAAAUUAAAAAUCUAAUAAAAGAAGCAGAUAGAUCAUUGGAGAUUAAAAUUAAGACUUCUCCAGAUGGCCCCACAUUAAAAAUGCAGAGACCAGGCCUGAGUGGCCAUGACAAAGGUGCCAGCGUUACCUUCCCCAGUUCUGGCCUCCCGUCUCCAAGCAGAUCUCCUCAGUCACCCACCUCACCUGAGGAAGAACCAAGGCACCUGAGGCCUUGCGCCCAGAGCACGGGAAAAGGCCUUGUCUGCUGGCUGGGCCCGUCCUGCCUGGACCUCACUUUUCCUCCCCCAGCAGUCACCGCCUGGACUCCAUCUCCAGCAUUGCCGAUUUAUUUUUCAAGGUCACUCCCUGCCUGAAACAUGACUUCAUCACACCUGCAGCACUUCAUUGUCCAAAUGUCCUUGGCAAACCUCACAGUCUUUGGACAGUGUUGCAUUUUCUCCAAACAGGAAAUCCUCCCUCCUUCUCCAGGCAGAGAACCCAAAGAGCACAGCUCUUGUUUCUCAGGCAAACUUGGCCCCCGUAUUAACUUAAUAGAACAGCUCCUGAUUGUCUGGGCGGUGAGCCUGGCUAACGCUGAAUUUCCAGUUCAGAAGCGUUGAACCCUUGCAUCCUCAUCGAGCCGGCCCUCCCAGGCACUAGCACGGGCUCUCUGGCACCACGGUCUUGGGUGGGGAAGUGCAAGGUCCUUCACACGCCCAGGAAGCCUGGAGCACCUGAGCCCCAGAGAGGGGUGUGGAUUCAGAUGUGUGGCCAGGAGAACACUAGAUGGUCUUCCGGUGACUGUUGUAGCAUCUCCAGGGAAACCAGGCCUGCUUUUUGCCAUCUUGCACUCCAACACUCACGCACUCCACCCUGCCUUCUAGACCCACAUUGGAAACGCACAUUCAGAGCCAGAGGGGUUUCUGGAGAUCCCCUAACCAAAUCCUCUCUUUUUACACUCAAGUAAACUGAGGCCAAGGCAGGUUAGGCCACUGACCCGAGUGUCUCAGCCGAUUAGUAACCAGGCUGAGGUCAAGCAAUGCAGACUUUUAUUAAUCUGUCUCUCCUCAAAUGAAGAUUGGGAAAAUGGUCUUUAUCACACACCUACGUUUCCCAGACGCUGUGCGAAGACCUUUGCAGACGUUACUCUAUUAGGUCCUCACCACACCCCGGGUCAGAUCUCAGCAUUUUACAGACAGGGAAAGGAGGACAGGGAGGUUAAAUGGCAUGUCCCAAGUCACACAGCCACCAGGACAGCCCGGUCAGAGCCUCCUCAUCUACAGGAAAGCCCUGGGUUCUCUCCCUCGUGAAGCUGCUGCCUUUCAUACACAUUCAGCCAAGCGGCCGCUACCUGGGCUUUACUAAUGCUCUUGCAGAGAUGCUUCUGAGGCCACUGCCUGUCUCUUUCUUUUAAGAAAAGGCGAUUCUUGCGUUGGUUCUUGACACACGUUCCAGGGCUCCCAGCGUGGGAGAGGGGAGAAACAUAUGGCAACGCUCUUCUUCUUCACGGGGCAGGGGGAGAGGGUCCACAGCAGGCUUGGCGGAGAAGGUCAGGACCAGGACACGAACUCCUCCCCCACCCCACCCUUUGGGCAGCACAGUGGCCUCUUCCUCUCCCAGCAUCGGAAGAGGGGGGCAUUCCAGAGCCACUCUUCUCAAGCUGGAGCAGACGGGGUGGCAGGGCGGAAGAACCCAGACUGAACACCGCACCUGUUCCUGGAGCAUCAGUUUGACUCUGGAAUUUGGGAGAAAGGUUUAGACGAUGAAUGCAUUCAAACCAGGGCAAACAAUAGCCAGGGCAGAAAGCUCACGAGUGUUUUGGACCAAGAUCAGCAACUUGCAGAUAGACUGGGAUUAGCUCCCCCCUGACUCCCAGGGGUACCAACACCUUCAGGAGCCCCCAGGGGAGCACCGCAGAAGACAUUUUUGGUGAAAUGAGUGUAGAAGAAGGUAGGAAAUCCAUUAAUUUUAUUUAUCCCCUGGUCUCUGUCUCCAUUCCUUACCUGCCUCGUGUCCCCAGGGGGUGGGGAGCCUCAGACAGCAGUUGGCUACCAUCUCGGCUCCUUUGCUACCUUGGGGGAAAUUAGAAAGAAAGCAGGGCUUUGCACCUCGUGGUUUCAGCUGCCAGGCCACAACUCCAGACGGAACCCCUUUCCCUUAGCUGAAUGAUGUGGAAAUAAAAAGGAACAGAUCUUCCGGAGGGAGAUCUGUUCCCUGUCCUGUGGCCCCAGCCGGGAGCUUGGGUGGCAGUGACAGCCACGGCUGUUGCUUUCCCACUGUGUUUCCUGCAAAGACACCGUCAACCAAGGACCAGCCCAUUCCCCACCAGUAGAGGCACCCCGAGGCCCUCAGACCCCAGGGUCGGAAUCUGCACACCCGGGUUCUGAACACCCAGGCUCCCUCCCACACACACACACACACCGUUCACACACGCACAUCCAAUUAUUCCAACUCAAACAGCUGCCAGGCCCACAGGCAUUCCCAGGGGCCCUACCCAAGCCACAGUGACUUUGAGGGGCUCCGGGCAGAUGAACCCACCCUGGGCAUCUCUAGAUUGUCGCUCUGAGAACUCAUGAACACCAAGUCCUCCAGUCCUUCUGAUUUUGAGUUUGUCAUUUUUAACCUUUAACAGCCUUUUCAGGUAAAAAUAACAAAGACCGACUUUGUAGCUACAAUGUACUUGAAAAAGCACUUACUUAAAGACUGGGACGAAGGAAAAAGAAAGACAAUAACGGAGUGCAUCCUCCCCGGCGCCGCACACCUCAAUAAACUAAAAUCAGAACCCACGGAGGGGGCCGGGGGAGAACCAUGGCCCUGUCCUUCAUGGCACCGUAGCUCAAAGCCUGGAGUCUGCUUGUUAACCAUUGUUAACUAGUAUUUUUAGUCCUGGUUGCUUUUAGCCUCUGUAUAGUUCCUUUUUUAAACACAUUUUCUAUACGUUAAUAAAAGAUCCUGAAGGAA